AUGUCCGCAUCGACAUCGGGUUUCGACAGCGGGAGUGCGAAAUCCCGGCAACAUAACCAAGGCAAUCAAGAUCGCAAAUACACACCAGAACAGCAAGCAGCCGUGAUUCGCAUACGGAAAUGCACCCCUACCGCUUACUACGAGAUCUUAUCGCUGGAAAAGACUGCUACAGAUGGCGAGAUCAAGAAGGCAUAUCGGAAACAGAGUUUGUUGACACAUCCAGAUAAAAAUGGGUAUGAGGGCGCAGAUGAGGCGUUUAAACUGGUGUCGCGCGCUUUCCAGGUUCUAUCCGAUUCGGAUAAGAAGUCACGGUACGAUAAGUUUGGAGGAGACCCCGACAGCAGGUUCAACCCGGGCGCUGCUGGGGCAUCAGCCGGCGCGUCGCCUUUCAGCAGUGGUGGAUUCAGUGGCUUCGGAGGCGGAUUCCCACGGUCUCGCGGCCCGAUGUUCGAGGAGGAGAUCUCACCAGAGGAGCUAUUCAACCGCUUCUUCGGCGGCGGGUUUGGUGGAAUGGGAGGUGGUCCGCAGUUUGUCUUCAACAUGGGAGGAGGUCCUGGAGUCCGCGUCCAUCAAUUCGGUGGCCCACGGCCAAGAAGAAGGCCACGCGAAGCCAAUGAACCGGAAGCGGUCCCUUCGGCCUGGGCUAUGUUCCAGCAACUUUUACCUCUCAUCCUUCUCUUCGUGCUUCCUCUCCUCUCAUCGCUCUUCUCCUCUUCCUCGUCAGCCCCAUCCGGUCCCUCAUAUCGCUUUGACGCUGCAGUACCUCCUCACACCAUGCACCGAAUGACACCGAAACUCAAUAUCGACUACUUUGUCAACCCCAGCGAUGUGAACGAUUACAAUGCGCGAAAAUUCCGACAGUUAGACCAACGAGUGGAAGUAGAUUAUGUCACUAAGCUGCGCUACGAAUGCCAAAACGAAGUCAAUGUGCGUGAGCGCAUGAUUCAGGAUGCCCAGGGAUGGUUCUUCCCAGAUGUGGAGAAGAUGAAGGCAGCGCGAUCUCUGGAGUUGAAGAGCUGCCAACGGCUGGAUUCGUUGAAGAAGAAAUAUUAA